AUGAACUCCAAUACCAAUAUCAUAUAUUGUGUUGUUUUGUUCUUAUCUUUGGAAUUUGUUAUAAGCAAAAACUUGGAAUCAGAAUCGACGGUGUCUGAAUCUUAUGUCCUUUCGUGUGGAGCUCAGAUCGAAAGCACGGAUACUAAUGGUAGAAAAUGGAUACCGGAUACAAAAGUGAUAACGCCAUCAGGUGUUUCUAUAAAUGCUACCGCAAUGCACCAAGACCCUUCUUUGCCUUCUCAAGUGCCUUACAUGACAGCUAGAAUUUUCACCUCUGAAUCCACAUAUAACUUCAUUGUUCAGCCAAAGAAACGUAUCUGGAUCAGGCUCCAUUUUUAUCCAUCUUAUUACGAUGAUCUCAAUCCAAGUGAUUCAUAUUUCUCUGUCAUUGCAAACGGGUUUACUCUCCUCAACAAUUUCAGUGCCUCCAUUACAGCUGAAGCUCUUACACAAGCCUAUAUAAUCAAAGAAUUCUCUUUUCUUCCUGUCCUAAAUGGUAAUCUCUCUAUCAGCUUCAAGCCCUUUCCACAGCAAAAUGGCUCAUUUGCUUUUGUCAAUGGAAUUGAGGUAAUUCCCAUGCCAGACAUAUUUGAGCCUGCAAACUUGGUUGGACUCGUUGGCCAAACAAUCGAUGUUCGAUCUUCUUUGGUUCAAACUAUGUUUAGGCUGAAUGUUGGUGGACAGUACAUUCCAACAACUAGUGACUCAGGUCUUAGCCGUACAUGGUAUGAUGAUUCUCCUUACAUGUUCGGAACAGCCUAUGGAAUAACCUCAGAAGCUGGUAAGAACCUUAGCAUUGAUUAUCCUCCUCAUAUGCCAGAGUACAUUGCUCCAAGGAGUGUGUAUAGAUCAGCUAGAUCAAUGGGAACUAGUUCAAACACCAAUCAGAACUACAAUCUCACUUGGAUUUUUGAAGUUGAUGCAUAUUUCACCUAUGUUGUUAGGUUCCAUUUCUGUGAGAUUGAGCUCACAAAGAUCAAUGAGAGAGUGUUUGAUAUAUUUCUCAACAACCAAACAGCCCAACCUUCUGUGGAUGUGAUUGCUUUGGCUGGAUCAAGAGGAGUUCCAUUGUACAAAGAUUUUGCUAUUUAUGUGAAUGACAGCAGCAAUGGUGAGGCAAAAUUAUGGGUUGCCCUGCAUCCAACUGUGUCAUCUAAACCCGAAUAUUUAGAUGCAUUUCUUAAUGGCUUAGAGAUUUUCAAGGUAAAUGACACACAUGGGAACUUGGCAGGGCCUAAUCCUGUCCCUUCGGAGAUGCGCCAAGAGGAUGAGGUAGAGGUGGACAAUUCUCUUCCAUUGGGAUUACGUUAUGAAGCAAUUGGUGGCAUUGCUGGUGGUGUUGCUGGUGGUGCUGCUGGUUUCGCUGUAGUUGCAUCUGUCUGCUUUCUUGUGUACCAACAUAGGAGAAGAAAACAAAAAGGAAUGGAUUCUGGGCCUGCUAAUUGGCUGCCAAUCUAUGGAAGUUCAUAUGCAUCAACUUUCACUAAUCGAAGUACUAAUAGCAGCCCUCUUUCGAAUCUUGCAAGUCUUUGCAGACAUUUUUCUCUGGCCGAGAUUAGGCAAGGUUCAAAGAAUUUUGAUGAGUCACAAGUUGUUGGGGUUGGAGGAUUUGGAAAAGUGUACAAAGGAACUAUGGAUGGAGUGAUCAAAGUUGCAAUAAAAAGAUCAAAUCCAUCUUCAACACAAGGAUUCAUAGAGUUCCAAACUGAAAUUGAAUUGCUCUCAAAGCUGAGGCACAAGCAUUUAGUCUCCUUGAUUGGUUUCUGUGCAGAAGCAGGUGAGAUGAUUCUUGUGUAUGAUUACAUGUCUAAUGGGACUCUAAGGGAACACUUAUUUAAGAGCUCAAACCCUCCAUUACCUUGGCAGAAGAGGUUGGAGAUUUGCAUUGGAGCAGCAAAAGGAUUGCAUUACCUCCACACUGGAGUGAAUUACACCAUCAUUCAUAGAGAUGUGAAGACUACAAACAUUUUGUUGGAUGAGAAUUGGGAAGCAAAAGUUUCUGAUUUUGGGUUAUCAAAACAAGGUCCUAGUAUCAAUCAAACUCAUAUUAGUACAAUGGUGAAGGGCAGCUUUGGAUAUUUGGACCCCGAAUACUUUCGCAGACAAAAAUUGACAGAAAAAUCAGAUGUUUACUCCUUUGGUGUUGUUCUGUUUGAAGUGUUAUGUGCUAGGCCAGCUCUUGAUGAUAGUUUGCCAAAGGAACAAGUCAAUCUUGCAGAUUGGGUCUUAUACUGCCAAAAGAGAGGAACUUUAGAAGAAAUUAUCGAUCCAAAUCUUAAGGGAUCGGUUAACAUUGAGUGUUUCAAAAAGUUUGCUGAGACAGCGGAGAAGUGUUUGAGUGAUCAUGGAGUGGAUCGUCCUUCAAUGGGUGAUGUUCUAUGGAACCUUGAGUAUGCACUUCAACUGAAUGAAAAUCCUGAGGCUGCAAGAGCUUUUGCAGAAAGGAAUGUGAGUAAUAGUGAUAAUGCUUUGCAUUCUUCCAUAAUAAACAUUGAGGGGGAGGAGAGGCCAGCUACCCAGAUAACUAAUGAUUUACACACUGUUCCAGUUUUUUCACAGCUUGUGAAUCCAAAAGGAAGAUAAUACUUCAAUUUUGUUAGUUUUUUUUUUUUUUUAAAUUUCUGUUUAUAGGGACUUUUGUAU